AUGUCGUUUAAGAACCUUUUGGUUAUAGAUAUUAUGUCGCAGCUAGAACUCGGGAAACCCGAACACCAAAUGGGGAAACCCGAGAAACGAGUCAACGGCAUAUUCUGGCUCAUUCUCCUCAACAUUGCCAUAUUCGUCGCUCACCAUUUUUUUCAGGUUAACAGCAUCAAGGCUUUGUACUUGUACCACAAUUGGCCCGCUUGGUACCAGUUUGUCACAGCAACAUUUUGUCACGCUAAUUGGAAGCAUCUUUCUAGCAACCUAUUCUUCUUGUACAUUUUUGGAAAGCUUGUUGAAGAAGAGGAAGGGAACUCUGCUUUGUGGCUUUCUUACAUUCUUACAGGUGUUGGAGCAAACCUUGUUUCAUGGUUGGUUUUACCAAGAAAUGCAGUUUCUGUUGGAGCUUCCGGUGCUGUUUUUGGGUUGUUUACUAUCAGUGUUUUUGUAAAGAUGUCCUGGGAUUGGAGGAAGAUUCUUGAAGUGCUUAUAUUGGGUCAGUUUGUCAUAGAGAAGGUCAUGGAAGCAGCCCAAGCUUCAACAUCAUUAUCAAGAACCUUUCGUGGAGGCUACCCAUUGCGAAGUGUCAAUCAUAUUGCACAUCUAUCUGGUGCUCUUGUUGUUGUGCUUUUGGUUUGGCUCCUUGCAAUUAGCAAAGUUCCUCCUGAUCCUUCAGUUUGA